AUGAAGUUCCUCGCUUCCUCGGGCAAUUUGCUCGUCCGAUACACUUCCGAGCCCAUGAUUCCCCCAGUUGCCCAGCGCUACAUGAACUCUCCGGUCCAUCCGAUUCGCCCAAAGAUUGCGUAUAUGUAUGAACAUCGCGAUCCGAAUACUCUUUGGUGGCGGGUGUCGGUAUCGCAAUUGAACCAGUUCAAACGGACCGUUCGAUCCUGGUGCGCGCGAAGAGCACGCCUUGCUUUCCAGGAAGCUUUAAGGCGACAAGGAUUUGAUAAACUAGGGCGCCCACUUACUCCGCCAGUUUCCAUGGACAAGCAAGCCCUACUAGGGUCUUUGGAUGUCACCAUACGCCCUUCGAGCGUGUAUCACAGCUUCGAGGCCGUGCAGAAAGAUGCCGACUUCCUCUUGAAAGGCAUUCUGAAGCAGCGAGAAAGGUGGGCUGAGUGCGCCACGCACAAAGACAAGUCUUCUUGA